UCCAAACCAAUUCGUCAAUUUUCGCAUAGUAAUACCCUUCUCACUUAGCCAUGUAUCCAGAACCUUAAUUUUCACUUCCUUUUCAAUAAGCGACAUGUUUAAAACGCAGAAUUUCAACCGCACAAACAAGUAAACAAACUGACAGCCAAACGCACAGCAUGCUGUGAUCUGAGCAUAAAAAACCAACACAAAUACUUGCGUACAACACAAAUGUAUGUGGAUAGCUUAUUCGACGACACGACCAGACACUCCGAAGAAAAAUCGGAAUAAAAAGUGUUCGUGAGCGAUUUACCGCCAGUUACCACAAAUAUAGUGACCCCUUGUAUAUGAUAAAAAUAAUCUUCUUGCGCAACACUGUAUGAACUAGUUACCAAGGAGUUCCGUAGUAAAUAAACAAACAAUAAUGUUGAAUGAAUCGAAAAAGACUUAUUCCUGGUGAAAUCAAGGAAGAAUCGGAGAUAUCAGAAUCGAAACAAGCAUUUCGUGUCUAUGAUUUGAAGAGAAACAUUUAAUACGCAGCUGUUGUUACUUCUGUCCAGAAGACUGGUCCGGAAAAGGACGAACUAUGUCCGCCGUUAUUGUCGAUCGCCACGCGAGAUCUUGGAGAUAACACUGUCCAAAGGUAUUUUUCCAUCAUGCUUAACAUUUCAAAGAAUGGUUUGAUCUAGGGAUAUCAUCGUUUUAUGAAGCGAUGGGGCUAGCAAUGUUCACUUUUUUCCCAUAACUUGGAAGCAUUAAAUAACUAAUUUCAAGUCAAACUUUAUCCUUGCUAAUGUUCCAAAAGAUGCAGUGGAGAUUGAAAUUAAGGUGGAAGAAGAACUGGUUGAUUCAAGGACAAAGAACAUUGAUGAAGUUGAUUGCGGAAUGGCUUCUAAAAGUAAUGCUACUGAAAACAGCGAAAACAUGAACGUAUAUAUUCCUACUAGCAUUAAGACUAAACUUGAUUUUGGAGACCAUACUACAAAACAAAGUCGAUCUAACGGUGAACCGGGAUUUGAUGAUAUUGGUCUUACAAACUUCACCAAAUGUGUCAUAUGUGACCAACAGUUUGCCAAGCUGUUUAUUUUGAACGACACAUGCAAACACAUACCGAAGGAGCAUCGUAUUGUUGUGACAUUUGCAGGAAAAGGCUACAUCGAGAAAAGUGCUUGGAAGCGGCAUCAGUUUCGCCAUACAGGCCAGCAGCCUUACAAGUGCGUCCGUUGUGAAAAAAGUUUCGCUGACGAGUAUUGUUUAAAGCUGCACAUACGAACUCAUACCGGUGAACAGCUGUUCCGAUGCGAAUUUUGCAAUAAGGGCUAUUCCGUGAAGAGCUUACUGAUUCGACACCGGAGAUCUCACACCGCCGAACGGCCGUUCAAGUGUGAGAUAUACGGUGAAAGCUUUGCUGAUCAACAUUAUCUGGGAAUACACACGAAAGUUCAUACUGGUGAUCAGAAGUACAAGUGCAAAAUUUGUGGCAAAGGGUACAGUUCGAACUCCAAAAUUUUGGCUCACAUGAUGUCACACACUGGGGAGCAUCCACACAUAUCUGUGGUAGAAACUUCGACAGACUAAACGCUCUGUGAUAUCACAGUGUGGUGCACACAACUGAGCAGCAUUUCAAGUGUGAUAUCUGCGGAAAAACAUUUUCCCUCAUGGCACAGUUCAAGUGACAUUUAAAAUCUACUUCGCAUAUGAGAAUUUUUCGAUGGGCUAAGUAAGUGUA